GGGGAAGAUGUCGGGCGGGGAGGCCUGCGACGGAAAGAAGCUGGUUCGCUCGUCUAGCGGCCUCCGCAUGGUGCCCGAGCACCACGCCGCCCGCAGCCCUUUCGGCCUGGACGAGCCGCCUUGGGUGCCUGAUAAGGACCUCGUUCUAGGAAAAAGUUCUAAACUAUCAAGUGAAAUUUUGCCGAUAUCUGUUUAGCCUUCAUGGUUGCGGCAGGGAGGAGGGAACAGAACUUCCAAGAUAAAUGCUAUUUUUCAGAUAUUUGUAACUACUGAUAAUGUUGUUGAAGUGCAUAAACUAACAAAACUUUGUCCAAGAUGUAUGCAGUGUGAAACUAAGUUUGAUUUCAUAACCAGAAAGCACCACUGCAGGAGAUGCGGGAAGUGCUUUUGUGACAAGUGCUGCAGUAAAAAAGUGCCUCUGCCUCGUAUGUGCUUUGUAGAUCCUGUGCGUCAGUGUGCUGAAUGUGCUCUCAUCUCUCAGAAAGAAACGGAAUUUUAUGACAAGCAGCUUAAAGUGCUCAUGAAUGGUGCUACAUUCUCUGUUGCUCGGGGAACAUCAGAAAAAUCUGAGAUGAUGGUUUGUCGACUUUCCAACAACCAGAGAUAUCUGUUUCUGGAUGGAGACAGCCAUUAUGAAAUUGAAAUUGCACAGAUUUCGACUGUCCAGAUACUUACCGAGGGAUUUACUCCUGGAGAAAAAGAUAUUCACACUUAUACCAGCCUUCUGGAGAGCCAACACAUUACUGAAGGAGGCAAUAGUCGUGCCACAGGUAUGCUCCUGCAGUAUAAGGUACCAGGGUCAGAGGAGCUCACACAGAUGAAAUUUACUGCCAGUGAAGACUUCAAUUCUAACAAGAAGCUGUCAGCAGCCUGGCUAGCAGCUAUGCAUAAGGCAGCAAAGCUCCUUUAUGAAUCCCGGGACCAAUAACAGCAGCAAGUUGUCUGAGAUCUGACAGAAGAGACCAGCUCUAUG